AUGAGUUGGGAUGGUGGUAAGACAGCCCAUGCAAUCGUAUUGGCGCUCAGACCCAUUGUGAAGCUGAUAAUGGUGGAGAUUUGGAAUCUGUUUGAGCCUCGACACCUUUUUAGAGCCCGGGAUCCCGAAGGUAACUUGAACGAUGGAUGCCAUCUUGCUGAGAUGCAAGCAGUCUUAGGAGGUGCUCCUCCUGAAUUGCUCGCUCGGAGCGAACGGAGUCUCCAGUUUUGGGAUGAAAACGGUAAAUGGAAAGGCGCAGCGCCCGUUCCAGAUUGUAAUCUCGACUACCUUGGUCGGAGUACUUACUGCGCUCCAUUGGUCCGAAUCUUAAUCUACAGUAGCAAAAAAGAAGCCGGUGGACUGGGAAUUCCGGCAUCCAGGCUCCCCGCCGACACGGUGGCGCUGUGGCUGCUGAUUGGUGCAAAACGCCGACCGAAGAAAGCUGAUCUCGAGCUCCAACAGUUCGUCCUCCAUAUAUAA